CUGACUUUUGAAAUAAAUAAUACAAUCAAUUAUUUCACUUAUUUAACUUUAUCCAUCGUUGACUUAGGUUUAUAUUAGCACAGGAAUACAAUACAAGAUGUAAACAAAGUAUCGAUUUAACACGAAUAUGAUUUCGAGAUUUCGACGUAUUUUUUUUACUUAAAGUAGUUUGUAGUAUGUUUUAAAGUCGAUUUUAGUAUAUUCAAAUUCUACAACUUGACAAAAAUAAAAGGAAAUGCCAGAAAGGGAAGCGCCAUGUCUGGAGCUCGGUUCAGCUCCUCGGACGCCGAGUAUUAUCGCCUCCCCCUCGCCUUCAGAAAUAUCAAGUGCGAGUUCUCCAGAACCACCGAACGUUCGAGCGACACCUUUGUUCAGGGCUUUAGCAAUGCCACCCCCAGAUCCGGAACAACCUCCAGGGCAAGAUGAGCUAGAACGUAGGCUACCUGGCUACAGACGCAUUGUCAUACCUAGGGAACUAACGCUCAUUGAACUAUUGAAAGAGUGUAGUGGGGUGACGACUGAUGAGGAAGUGUUGAGGAUCCGUGAAGCCAAACUGCGUGUGGUGGCGGAGCGCGUGGGGCUGCGCAGACUGCACGUACUUGUGCCUCGCCUGCGAUCACUCACUUUAGAUGGAAGUGCUCUUCAGUCUUUACGAGAACUUGGCAUCGGUUUAGACCACUUAAAGAUACUUAGUGUGAAUCGCUGCGGCUUGACAUCUCUGGAUGGUGUUUGGGGCGUGGGUCACCUGCGGGAACUGCACGCGGCCGGCAACCUCAUCCGUGACCUUCAUCCGCUAGCGGUGCUGCAGAAACUUCAUACGCUCAGUCUGUCCAAUAAUCCAAUAACGGUGGCGAGUCGUGUAUGGACCUUGGGCGUAUGCAGUUCAUUGCGUCGUUUAUUUCUCAAUGGGACUUCGUUUUCGCAUACGAGCGAUUAUCGAUCGACGAUAGCGUCGACGUUGCCCAUGCUGACUUCUCUAGAUGACCAGCCCCUGCAUACGGAUGUCAACAAUGAAGACUACGUAGAACAUUUGGAUGAUUCAUCUGGAUCAGAAAGUGACCAGGAAAUUUUAGAAGUACAAAAGGAACCUGAGCCGUCUACAGACUUUGCAAUAGUUGGAACAUCGUCACAGUCACAAUUACUUCAGAAAUCGCAAGAAGAAUGUGUGUCGAAAUGUUUGACGGAGGUUCAACGACCAGUGGUACAAAGGCGACGUCCAGCGACCACAGAGAACGGCGGGUGUCGGGGGGCGCGCGUGGCGCUGGCGCGGCGGCCGCACACCGCGCUGCCCCGCCCCGCCAUCGACGCGCCCACGCGCCUGCAGAUCAUGAACACGUUAAUGGAUGCCGAAUGGCGAAGCAGCGGUAGUAAGUUGACUUCGAAAGGCGCUGUUUGUGGUAACUUGGCGCAUGCGUUGCGCAGACCGGCACAUUCCACGCAACAGGAAUCAGAAAAACAAAUAGACACUGUUGAACGUACAAUGUCAGAGGCAUGUCGUUUUGUUGCCGCGGAGAUACCGCGCGCGCCCAAUCAAGAAGCUUGGCUCAAGUUUACAGCAGAGACCGGAAUUGAAAUCGAUAUAAAUUUUAAUGAGCGACCUCAAAGUAUGGAUCCGUCAAAGGCUUUGGAUCGCUUGGAGCGCAUCGAGAGGGAGACCUCUGAGCGCUUGAAGGAAGCUGCUAAAAAUACUGAUCCUUGGAUGUCAAAUGCAUUCAAAAUGUCAAUAAGCAGUGCACAUUACUGGAGGGAAAGUGAGCAAUUGUCAUCGAAUUCAAACAUUCACAGCGAUGUUGAGUCCGUAUUUAGUGACAAUGGCGUCAAUCCUUUCGAUUGAUAUUAAAAACUUAUUAAUAAUAAUAAAUUAUUAUUUCUUAAUUAUUAUGAUUUGCUAGGGCUUCUGUAUGUCUAAUUAUUGGUGCCAUUAUUGUUUAACGUUAUUCGACUUUUUGUUUGGUUUUAGUGUGUUAUGAUAAUUAUGUUUUUUGGAUAACUUAAAAGAUGUCUGAGAUCACAGAAACUGUUUCGGAAACUAUGAGUGUAUUUGAUUUUCAUUGAAUUAUUGAGUGAAAAAACUUAUACUUCGAUCGAGAUAAGACGUAGAAAGCAGUUGUG